AUGCCUGGUACAGUGGUACGUCGUUCAAGGGCUAACGGCCCGCCGAAUCACCAUGCCAAGUUCCUCGAGCGUUUUGCUGCCAAAGAGGCGCAACGGAGGGUUCCAAGGCCGGCACCUCUUUCAGCAGAGGAACAUGCUGCGAAUCGGAAGCGACUAAGCAAAGUCCGCUUCGUCAAGCCGAAGUACUCAGAAGAGACCAUGAUCAAUAUCACUGGCAUUUUCAAGAAGUGGAAAAGGUACUGCGAUGAGAAUAAAGUUGGUGACUGGGAGCAGACGAUCCGGUCUCUAUCUCGAGAAACUACGAUGGACUUCUUCCUCUUCGUGUGCGGUAACUACAAUGUCAAGUCGUGGGGCACUUCGGAGGAGUACGUGCGCCAGUUCCAGCAGCUGUACACGACGGUCACGGGCCAAUACAUGAAUCGGAACGACAGUAAAGAAGUGUAUAAGUACCACCACAAUGUAUUAGUUCCUAGAUUUGGCCUCCGUGCGCCGAACAUUGAUGGGAAGGCUGUCCUAAACGUCGACAGUCUGCGAGUCAUUCUAACGUAUAAUAUCGCUUACGACACCGGCGCAUUCGACCUCGAGCGGCAUCGCAUUCAACUGGCCGGCUGCUACCAAAUUCUUUGCUAUACUGGAGCGCGGCCGGCCGAACUAGUAAACGGUGAAAGGAAGAAGCCCAAGGACGGCUCCAUCGAAAAGCUAUUCGGGCAGAAGGUCGUCCAGUCAGCCGAUGAUGCCUCGGAAGAUGCCGCAGAUGCCUUAGAUGAAGAGUCGCAGAAGGUAGAGGAGCUGCUUUCCAUGGAAACAACAAAGCGCGGACGGCCAAAGGCUCUUUGUUAUGAGGACAUUCUUAUGAUGCUUGUCCGUCAUCCUGUCACAGGACUGCCUGUCCUGGCUAUGGCGAUUAAGUUCAUUCAUCACAAGGGAGCCGAUAAAAAGCCCAAGCCGACUAUUUUCUUCUUCACUCCGAGCAAGAAGUUGAUCUUUUGCCCCAUUACAGUGGUUCUCGCCCUUGCGUUGCAUGACCGCGCCUUCGACGCACCAAGCCUGACCAAUGCAUCCCGUGUGUUCGAAUCACAGGUUUGGGGUCCGACCGAGUGCACGCCGCUUCGGUGGAGAGAGGAGAUGCUGAAGGUGCCAGUUUUCCGCCGCGUUCGAGGCUGUGACCUCUCUACCAACGAGGCUAUGCUAUAUUCAAAGCUGAGUUACGACAUGGGGCGGCAAAGUCUCGAUUCUGGGCAUGAAAAGGCUUGGACACCAAGAUUUGCUCGCAGAGGCGCCGCCAAUGCGGCCGAUGGUGACGCGCCCGAUUCAGUUCGUGACCAGAUGAUGCGGCAUGACCCUAGGUUUUCUACCUUCUUUAGUGCGUACUUGAAUGAGAUUGCGAGGUUCGACCUCCAAAAUGCCUUCCUAGAAGAGGAGAAGCAGGAUCAGUUAUUUCGGAUGUUUGCCCACGUGAGCCUCACCCGAGACCCUCGAGCAACCCGCGAUAUGGUGCCGGACGAAGUAUGGGCUCAGGUGCCACCUGAUCCAGAUAUCACGGAACUAGAAGAAGAGCGCGCGCAACUCAAGCAGGGCCAGUAUCGGAUUGCUGGUAGUGUACAUGAAGACAAAAUACGGGAGCUCACAGACAAAAUCAGAACGAAAAAGGCAGAGCGAGAGAAGCGAAUUGCCAAAGACUAUCGCGAGUAUUACUUCUAUCAUCGUCCAACUUGGGACAUCGAGGCCCAGGCUCGCGGGGAGGUCGAAGAGCAGUACGAAGAGCCUGUUAUUGAGCUCGUCAUUCCCGAACGCGCCAGGCUGUCCGAGAUACUCUGCUUUCAGCCCAAGGACUUGACGGAAGAACAAAUCGCUUGUAUCAGAAUAGAGGCAGUCGACUUGAUGGUCGCGCUCUGCGACAAAAGGGACACCGGUAAAGUCAGCCAAACUCGGCCAAGGCCUCCACCCCAACCCCGAGUACAGCAAUUUAUCAAGGAAGAAUCACCCGCGUUUGAAGCUUGGUGCGAGCCCAGCCUCUUCCCUCUUCUCAUGCAUGCAAGCCAAUGUCCAGAUUGUAUCGGCGACGAGCGAUUGACAGCCGCAGAGCGCACGUUUCAGUGGUGUCGCCCGACCAUACGAAAUGAUCACUUUGACGACCAGCACCUGACAGACCGCGAAGCUAUCGAGCAGCGAGGGGAAGCGCUUGUUUGUAAACAUCCUAAAUGUAGAAAUGAGACGUUUAAGCAUUUAGAUCAUUUCAGAAACCAUGUCAAGUCUGUCCACAAUGUCCUUUUGAGAACCUCGGAGCAGGUAAAUCGUAGAAGAAUGAGACAGGAACAACGUCGCCAGAUGGUCCGGGAGGCGAAAUCACAGCGCCAGCAAGGAGUCCACAGGACGAAAUUGGCCAGGUGA